CUACUACACUACACUUUCUCUCUGCUCUUCUUCCUCCAUCAUCUAUCAUCCAAUCUUAUGUUUUUGAUGUUAAGUUCCUACCCCUAGGGUUCCUCUUUCUCUCUCUAUCUUUCUUUUUCUCUCUGUAGAUGAAUAAUUAAGGUGUCUCUGUCUCUCUCUUUCUCUUUCUCUUUCUCUUUCUCUUUCUGCUUCCAUCUACAUUCACUCCGAUGAAUUCCCCACCCAACCUCUUCGUCUCUUUUCUUCUUCUUCUUCUUCUCUUCUUCACUGUCUUCUCCGUUUCUUCCUCCGCCUCACUCCCCGAGCUUCGAUCUCUCAUGGAAUUCAAGAAGGGGAUAACUCAAGAUCCCCACAAUCUUCUCGACUCCUGGGCUCCGGCCGCUGUCGCCGAGUCCACCGCCGCCUGUCCUUCUACUUGGCAGGGCAUUCUUUGCGACGAGGAGUCCGGCAACGUCACCGGAAUCGUCCUCGACCGCCUCCACCUCGGCGGGGAGCUCAAGUUCCACACUCUCCUCGACCUCAAGAUGCUCAGAAACCUCUCCCUCUCCGGCAACGAUUUCACUGGAAGGUUGCCUCCUUCCCUGGGCUCGCUCUCCUCGCUCCAGCAUUUGGAUCUUUCUCAGAACAAGUUCUACGGCCCCAUCCCCGCUCGGAUCAACGACCUUUGGGGUCUUAAUUACCUCAAUUUGUCCAACAACCAGUUCAAGGGCGGCUUCCCCAGUGGCCUCUCCAACCUUCAGCAGCUCCGAGUUCUCGAUUUGCAUGCCAACGCUCUCUGGGCGGAAAUUGGGGACGUCCUCUCUACGCUACGGAAUGUGGAGCGCGUCGAUUUGAGUCUUAACCAGUUCUUUGGCGGACUUUCCUUGACCGUGGAGAAUAUUUCUGGAUUGGCCAACACGGUACAUUUUCUUAACCUCAGUUACAACAACUUGAACGGUCACUUCUUUAAGAACUCCACCAUUGGCCUGUUUCGCAACCUGCAAGUUUUGGACUUGAGUAAUAAUUCCAUCACCGGGGAGCUUCCUUCUUUUGGCUCAUUACCCGCACUUCGCGUUCUUAGGCUUCCCCGGAACCAACUGUUUGGCUCCGUGCCCGAGGAAUUGUUGCAAACUUCAGUGCCACUGGUAGAAUUGGAUCUUAGCGUCAACGGGUUUACCGGCUCUAUAGCUGCAAUUAACUCUACAAGUUUAAGUAUUUUGAAUCUUUCAUCCAAUAGUUUGUCAGGAUCGUUGCCAACUUCUUUGACAAGAUGUACGGUCAUUGACAUUAGCAGAAAUAUGUUAUCUGGUGACAUUUCUGUUAUACAGAACUGGGAAGCCCCACUGGAGGUUAUUAAUCUGAGUUCAAACAAGCUGUCAGGAUCCUUGCCCCCUACUUUAGGAACCUAUUCAAAAUUGUUUAGAGUUGAUUUAAGUUUAAAUGAGCUCAAGGGAUCCAUUCCACGAGGUUUAGUUACUUCAUCAUCAGUGACAAGACUGAAUCUUUCUGGGAAUCAACUCACAGGGCAACUUCUGCUUCAAGGUUCAGGAGCCAGUGAGUUACUCCUUAUGCCUCCUUAUCAACCAAUGGAAUAUCUUGAUGUAUCUAAUAACUCCUUAGAAGGUGCCUUGCCUUCUGAAAUAGAUAGGAUGAGUGUCCUCAAACUGCUGAAUGUGGCUAGGAAUGAGUUUUCCGGACCUCUGCCAAGUGAAUUGAACAAACUUCUUUAUUUGGAGUACCUUGAUUUGUCUAACAACAAAUUUUCUGGAAAUAUUCCUGAUAAGCUUUCAUCCAACUUAACUGUAUUUAACGUGUCCAAUAAUGAUCUAUCUGGUCGAGUUCCAGAAAAUUUGCGGCAGUUCUCUCCUUCAUCCUUUCGCCCUGGAAAUGGAAAGUUAAUGUUACCAAAAGAUUCUCCUGAGACUUCUUCGGUGCCUGAUAACAUUCCAGAUAAGGGUAGACGUCAUAGUUCAAAGGGUAAUAUCAGGAUAGCAAUUAUUCUUGCCUCUGUAGGUGCUGCUAUUAUGAUUGCUUUUGUUUUAUUGGCAUAUCAUCGAACACAACUAAAAGAAUUUCAUGGAAGAAGUGAGUUCACUGGUCAAAAUACUAGAAGAGAUGUCAAGUUAGGAGGACUUUCAAGGCCUUCCCUCUUCAAGUUCAAUACAAAUGUUCAACCCCCAACAACCUCAUUGAGCUUUUCGAAUGACCACCUCCUGACUUCCAAUUCGAGGUCACUCUCUGGUGGACAGUCAGAGUUUAUAACUGAAAUUUCUGAGCAUGGCUUAACGCAGGGAAUGGUGGCUACUAGUUCAGCAUCUGUAAAUCCUAAUUUGAUGGAUAACCCUCCCACUUCAUCUGGAAGGAAGUCUUCUCCUGGUUCCCCAUUGUCAUCCUCACCACGUUUCAUAGAGGCUUGUGAAAAGCCAGUGAUGUUGGAUGUUUACUCACCAGAUCGGUUGGCUGGGGAAUUGUUUUUCCUGGACUCUUCCCUGGCAUUCACUGCAGAGGAAUUAUCUAGAGCACCAGCUGAAGUUCUUGGCAGAAGUAGCCAUGGCACUUUAUAUAAAGCAACUUUGGACAGUGGUCAUAUGUUGACUGUAAAAUGGUUACGGGUAGGAUUGGUGAAACAUAAAAAGGAAUUUGCUAGAGAAGUUAAAAGGAUUGGUUCUAUGAGGCAUCCAAACAUUGUCCCAUUACGAGCAUACUAUUGGGGGCCUAGGGAACAAGAAAGGCUUCUUUUAGCUGACUAUAUACAUGGGGACAAUUUGGCCCUUCAUCUCUAUGAGAGCACACCCAGAAGGUACUCCCCGUUAUCAUUCAGCCAGAGAAUAAAAGUUGCUGUUGAUGUUGCACGAUGUCUUCUAUACCUUCAUGACCGAGGACUUCCCCAUGGAAAUCUGAAGCCCACGAAUAUAGUUUUGGCAGGCCCUGAUUUCAGUGCUCGUCUUACUGACUAUGGUCUUCACCGGCUGAUGACUCCGGCUGGAAUUGCAGAGCAGAUACUCAACCUUGGAGCACUUGGAUACCGUGCUCCGGAACUUGCUGCUGCAUCCAAACCGGUUCCUUCGUUUAAGGCCGAUGUGUAUGCUCUUGGUGUGAUCCUAAUGGAAUUGUUGACAAGAAAAAGUGCAGGUGACAUAAUAUCGGGGCAGUCAGGUGCUGUUGAUCUUACAGAUUGGGUUAGGCUGUGUGAGCGAGAAGGAAGGGUAAUGGACUGUAUCGACAGAGACAUUGCAGGUGGGGAAGAAUCCUCCAAAGAGAUGGAUGAACUGCUUGCAAUAUCUCUCAGGUGUAUUCUCCCUGUAAAUGAGAGGCCUAACAUCAGACAAGUUUUUGACGAUCUGUGUUCAAUAUCCGUUUGAAAUUUUUGUACAUGCGUCUGGGAAUUAGUUUUUUAUUUUUGGUUCCUCGACCCAUUGUUGUUAUUUUCUCAUUCUUUGUAUCCAUCUUGUCUCUCCUCUUAAUUGGUUUCUUGCCUUAUUUUGGGCUGAUCAUUAUAUUCUUUUCUCCUAUUUUUCUCUUUUAUUAUUAGAAAAACAAAACAGUAUUUCUUGUAAAGCGACAUCAUUGAUUAAUCGACAGUGUUUGUGUUUUGAUUUGAAA